UGUUAGGCAGGAGGGGGUCAAAAACUAGGAGCACAACGCACACACCUGGGGAGGCAAGAACAGGGGACCAUCAGCGUGAGCUGAGGAGGGAAGGAAAGACCAGGACAUGGCACGUCCUCAUGCACGGGAGCCCAUGACAUCCAGCUGAGCAUUGCUGGAGCUCCUUCCUGAGAAUGACACUUCAAACAGCCCCAGCAGGGUGCGCCAGGCUGAUGUCACUUGCCUGCUCUGGACCUGUCCAGCACUUGAGCUGUGUCUUCUGCCUGCACUGCUGCAUUCCUGCCUGAGAAAUCCUGGGCCUUUCAUCCCGCUGCUCAGAAGAAGCCUUCACUGGGGAAUGGGCAUGGAACAAAUCUGGAAAUGAAAAGGCAGCAGUGGAGGAAACCAAAGCACAGCCCAUAUCAUUAGCUGCGACGGUUUGCAUUGAAGAUGAGCUUGUCAGAAAAUUGUUACCUCUGCAAAGGGUGCCUCUGGUCCUGCAGCAAUGAAGGGCAGGUAUAAAAGGCAGCCCAAGUCCCUGCACUCUCAUCCACUGCUCUUGCCUCCUUCUCCUUGGGAACCAGGUGCACCUCCAGCCCCACGACAUGUCCUGCUACAACCGGUGCCUGCCAUGCCGGCCCUGUGGCCCGACCCCGCUGGCCAACAGCUGCAACGAGCCCUGUGUCAGGCAGUGCCAGAACUCCACUGUCGUCAUUGAGCCCUCUGCUGUGGUGGUGACCCUGCCCGGCCCCAUCCUCAGCUCCUUCCCGCAGAACACCGUAGUGGGCUCCUCCACCUCUGCUGCUGUUGGCAGGAUCCUCAGCUGUGACGGAGUGCCAAUCAACUCUGGGUGCUGUGACCUCUCUGGCAUUUCCAGAUGCUACUAGGCAGGAGGUGCCUCAUCUCCAGAGAAAGAUGCUGGAAAAGCCCCAGGGUGACACCUUGAGGAACUCAGAACAUGGUGCUGGGCAGAGGACCAGUCUUUUGGAUGCUCUUUUCAGUAUACCUGAAUGGUUUUGCCUUUCUUUCCCUUUUCUUUGUUGCUGCCUAUCCCCUUGCCCACACCGUCUCCCCAGCAGCAACCUGGUAGGGACCAUCUGUCUCCUCUCCUUCCACAGGGCAGGCAUGAUGCAGGAACUUUCCCAUGGCCAAGGACUCCAGACUCUCGGGUGCUCCCGGCGCUCCCUGCACUUCUGUCCUCCA